AUGUGUCGGGUCAGGUUCGGUCUCACCGGCAUUUACUUCGAUUCAUUGGAGCCGAGCCGGCCUCGAGAAGAGUUCUUCCAGCCAUUGAUUGCCGCUAUUCCUCCUGUGGCCCAGAACAAGCAACGGGUUGUUGUGCCUGAGGCGAUAGAUGGUGGAGUAAUUAAAGAAAAGGUUGUACUAGAAACGCGACUUUCGAAGAACGACGAAGAUGGUAUUGCCAAAAAUCCUAGUGACUCAUCGUCAUCAUCGAGAGAUGAAGAGGGUUGUCGCUUGGCAAAGAAUGCAAAGACAAAUCUUGCAUUUGUAGAGAAUAAGCGAGUACAGGACUCGUCAUCAUCUUCAUCCUCAUCAUUGCCGUCGUCGGCGUCGUUAUUACCACUGUCGUCGCCGCCAUCAACCAGUGACGAAGACCAGAUUCACGAACGGGCAAACAGUAAAGCCAGCGUCCAAGCGCCCAAGCCCCCGAAGCCAACUAAUUCGCGGACAACACAAAGGUGCAACGACAAAUCAUCCAAAAGGCACACCUCCAUACCCCUCGGAGGACUGACUAAAGCUCCUCCUGCUAAGAGAGUCAGGUUUGCGAUGGAUGUGCAAGAGAGGAUUAUACCGAGCGAGGACGUGAACGACACCUCAAGCUCACAUUCCUCUGACGACUCUUACACCGACCCUCCUUCUUCGACAGAACCAUACGAUGCCUUCGCUGGCUAUUAUCGCACAUCGGGCGCUUCAAGAUCCCAUCGCAUGAACGGACGAAUCGCCGGGUCGAAGACGCGAUUCCCAGCAGAAGAGGAGAUUAAGAUUGAUGGUGCCGAUGGUUUCCUUGAUAGCGAAGAUGGCAGUGAGGUUGACGUUCAAGGUCUCCCGGUCAGAGGACGUCCGCCGAGGACCGUACGAGCAGCCGGAAAAGGUCACCCCCCGGAUCAACGACAUCAUCGGAACAGCUCAACACCACUUGCUCGAUCGAGGCACUCUAGCAGAGUCGUGGACCACUCUCGGGUUACGGCUGGCGGACUGGAGAGCAACGUCAACGGUAGGUUACAUCUAGAACAGUCUCAUGCGAGCCAAAAACAACCUGUGUCACCGCUCCGUUCAGGGCAAUCACGCUAUCCAAAACUGCGGUCUGGCAAGAACCUUCCUGAGCCCAUCUUUGUCGUCAGGCCAAGAUUCCUAUCGGAUGCUAAGGAGAAAGGGAAGCCUGCCGAGUUGUUAAGUGGUAGCGGAUAUAGCAGGCCCAUUUCAAUGAAUGAAUACGAGGGUACGAAGACCUCACCACCCCGUCCUACUCGGGUCAAGGCUCCAAAGAGAAUCAAGGCCCCCAAAUACCGGCCCCCUUCAGUCAGCGACGACCUGAAGAAAGAUGUCGAGUUCGAUGAAACUUCAGGCCUGCUAAUCCGGGACGUUUGA